UUUGGAAGUCACACUAUGAGGAUCCUAAUUUUUCUCCUCACAUUGGGCGUUUUCUCAUGUUCAGGGUUCCCAGCGUAUGACUAUGACCUCCCUGUCACAGAGGAGGCUCUCAAUGCUUCCAUUGCAAGGAUCAAUUCCCAGUCAUGGAGCAGAAACCUCUAUGGUGUUGUCAGGAGCCGAGUCAUGGGAGUGGACACGUGGGACAGCGAUACCUAUGGGUUAGAUCUGCACUUCAGCAUCCAUGAGACCGUGUGCACCAAAGCUUCGGGGAGAGACCCCUCUACCUGUGACUUCAAAACUGGCCCUUUCGUGCCCACUGCUUCCUGCAGAAGCGUUGUGGAAGUCUCUGGGGGGCUGAUUGCCAACCUUACUGUGCGGUGCCAUCGCAGCACAUUCAGCUCUGAAUCCAUGAGCAGCGAGGAGAUGAUGCACGUGCCCAUAACGACCCCUGACAGGUGGGGCGGUGCUCGCAGGGAAGAUGAUGCCUUUGCUCCUGAAGCCUUCCCUUCAAGGGGAAGAGGCAGCAGCCAUGGAGACUGGAACAAACCCAGAUACUUCAACCCUGACAAGAUGGAAUAACCUGGGCUGGAUUGGAGAAUAAGAAGAGUCAAGAUUAAACUAGAUUGGAGAAUGAGAAGAGUCAAGAUUCAAAGAUUCAAAGAUCCAGAACCUGAUGCCUUGGCCUUUCCUUUUUGGUGAAAAAACUGUUCUUCUGUGGAGUGAGAGUCUUUCCCCAAACUCACUUUCUGCUCAUGAGAUGCUAAAUACACCGUCAUCCAUCAAUAAGCCCUUCUGAUGUGUUAGGUAUCCCUGGGAGAACUCCAAUUUAACUGUGUCCAGGACAUUUCCACCACCCCAUAAUGAUGCUAUUAAAACCUCAUUAUUCCA